AUGGAGGCUCAUGAAGAGGCCGUGCCUGAGGCUCCCCAGGAGGCAAUGGAGGUCAAUCCAGAAUAUCUGAAACAGCUGAAAGAUCUCGAUAUUCCGGAAGAAGAGGCGAAGAAGGCUCUCAUUCUCACCGGGAACAUCUCUGCUGAGGAGGCUGCCAUGUUUUACUUUGAAAGCUUAGAAAACCACAAUCUGUAUGCAGAUGAAGAUGAAAUGUAUUACAAAAUGGUCUUUGUGGUGAACAUGGAGCUUCCUAUGGGGGUAGGGAAGGUUGCAGCACAGGUUGGGCAUGCAGCAAUUGGUUUUUUAUAUCAACUUCUCUUGAAGGAUUCUAAGAGCAAGGAGAUGGCUGAUAAAUGGGAUGUGUUUGGGGCUAAGAAGGUUGUCCUCCAAGGUGCAAACGCAGCUCACCUAAUGCAGCUACAAGCUCUGGCGAUAAGUUUGGAUCUUCCAACCUACCUGGUGCAGGAUGCUGGCAGGACUCAGAUUGCAGCAGGUUCACACACCAUCCUUGGCAUCAUAGGCGAAGAAGAGAACGUGAAUAAAGUAACUGGAAAAUUGAAAUUACUGAACUGA